AUGAAUAACUGUAUCCUUCUGGAGGAACAACUGAUCAAAAAAUCCCAACAAAAGAGAAGGACAUCCCCAUCCAACUUCAAAGUGCGCUUCUUCGUUUUAACCAAAGCCAACUUAGCAUAUUUUGAAGACCGCCAUGGGAAAAAGCGAACUUUGAAGGGUUCCAUUGAACUUUCCAGAAUCAAAUGUGUGGAGAUUGUGAAGAGCGACAUCAGCAUCCCUUGCCACUAUAAAUACCCCUUCCAGGUGGUGCACGAUAAUUAUCUCCUAUAUGUAUUCGCUCCCGAUCGAGAGAGCCGACAGAGAUGGGUGUUGGCCCUUAAAGAAGAAACCAAGAAUAAUAACAGUUUGGUGCCUAAGUACCACCCCAAUUUCUGGAUGGAUGGGAGGUGGAGAUGCUGUGCCCAGACUGAAAAACUUGCAUCUGGCUGUGCUGAGUAUGAUCCAACCAAGAAUGCUUCAAAGAAGCCUCUUCCUCCCACUCCCGAAGACAACCGGCGGUCGUUGAGAGAACCUGAAGAAGCCCUAGUCAUUGCCUUAUAUGACUACAACACAAAUGAUCCCCAGGAGCUCACGCUACAAAGCAAUGAAGAGUAUUACUUGCUCGACAAUUCAGAGAUUCAUUGGUGGAGAGUCCAAGAUAAGAACGGGCAUGAAGGAUACGUGCCAAGCAGCUACCUGGUAGAGAAAUCGCCAAAUAACCUGGAAACAUAUGAGUGGUACAACAAGAGUAUCAGUCGAGACAAAGCGGAAAAGCUCCUCUUAGAUGAGGGCAAAGAAGGAGCCUUCAUGGUGAGGGACUCUAGGACGCCAGGAACAUACACUCUUUCUGUUUUCACCAAGGCAAUCUUAAGUGAGAACAAUCCAUGUAUCAAGCAUUAUCACAUCAAAGAGACCAAUGACCAUCCCAAACGAUACUACGUGGCAGAAAAAUUUGUGUUUGAUUCCAUCCCCAACCUGAUCAAGUAUCACCAGCACAACGGAGGAGGUCUUGUUACACGUUUACGGUACCCCGUUUGUUCCUGGAGAAAAAAGGCCCCUAUCACAGCUGGGUUGAGAUAUGGCAAAUGGGUGAUCAAACCCUCAGAACUCACUUUUGUACAGGAGAUUGGCAGUGGGCAGUUUGGCCUGGUACAUCUUGGCUACUGGAUGGGGAAGAACAAGGUUGCCAUCAAGACAAUUCAGGAAGGGGCCAUGUCAGAAGAGGAUUUCAUAGAGGAGGCUGAAGUCAUGAUGAAACUCUCUCAUCCUAAACUGGUCCAGCUCUAUGGAGUCUGUUUGGAGCAGGCCCCUAUUUGCCUGGUGUUUGAGUUCAUGGAGCACGGCUGCCUGUCUGAUUACCUCCGGAACCAACGGGGACUCUUUUCUGCUGAGAGUCUCCUGGGCAUGUGCCAGGAUGUCUGUGAGGGGAUGGCUUACUUGGAGGAAGCUUGUGUCAUUCACAGAGAUCUGGCCGCCAGGAAUUGUUUGGUGGGAGAAAACCAGGUCAUCAAGGUGUCAGACUUUGGCAUGACAAGGUUUGUUCUCGAUGACCAGUACACAAGCUCCACCGGCACCAAGUUCCCCGUGAAGUGGGCCUCCCCAGAGGUUUUCUCCUUCAGUCGUUACAGUAGCAAAUCUGACGUGUGGUCAUUUGGAGUCCUAAUGUGGGAAGUCUUCAGUGAGGGGAAAAUCCCUUAUGAAAACAGUAGCAACACCAAGGUGGUGGAAGAUAUCAGCACUGGAUACCGGCUGUAUAAACCGAGACUGUGCUCCUCUCUCAUCUACCAGAUCAUGAAUGAUUGUUGGAAAGAGAAACCAGAAGACAGACCACCUUUCUCUAGCCUGCUGUGUCAGCUGGCUGAAAUCGCCGAAUCUGCACUUUAAGGCAGAGUCUCUGGGAACUGCUGAAUCCGAGCUCUAAGUCAGGGGUCUCUGUGGCUCCCUGGGCAGCAACUGUCCAAGUGGGGACAGGGAAUUCCUACUUGCACAUAGCAUUAAGGACAGCCUCCAUCCCAAUCCUUUCUAAAGGCCACGAGACCUGAAUGAGCCAGGCCCCAAAGCUGCUAGGAAAGCAGUGAUUUGAGAGCUGCCUGGAGAAUAGAGGGAGCCAGAUUGGAAUCCAGAAAAGUUGGCAGAGGACUCUACUAUCCUGAAGCCCACUACUCAACUAACCUCAUGCACAGAGGACAAGACUCAGUCCUGAAGUUUUUUCUAGGAUAUUUCUUGAGUAUGAAACUGGGGUGGGUAGGGGAGGAAAGUCAUAUUCUAACCCCAUGGACUAAACGAAUCUUUCAUUAUACUCAAUGGCUCCAUGUCCCAGAAUUUUCAAAGGCUUCCAGGCUCACAUGCUUUGCAGAAGGCACUCCCCUACCCACCCCCACAAGGAAACAGGGAGCUGCGUCAGCUGUGCCAGGUAUAUUGACCCAACCACUGUGAACCGCAGUUUCCUGCCCAUAUGCAGAGGAGAUAGAAAUGACUGCAUGGCGCUGAUGGGCUCAGCAGCAGCUGGCUGAAGUUGCAGCUAGUAACACUGGCACCUGUCUGCUCAGAGGAGAUGGUAUGGGGCUGCCGCCUCUCUAGCUGAGCAGGAGAAAAACCUGUACAUUGAAAAACGAGUCACCCACACCUUUAAUGGAGCUUUCUGCAUUGCUCAAUUCUUAACAUCAGGGGAAGCCAAGUCAUUGUGGGAGUCCUAUGUUUCUGGAAGGCUGGGGGCAGGGGGUAGGGGGAAAGGCAAAAUGAAAGGUUUAAAGUUAGGGUUAAAAGGAACAAGGAGUCAGUGCAUUGUCCCUCAAAUACAGGUGGGUGAAGACUGUUAGAUGGGUGAGAAAUUCCUCAACCUGUUACCUAGACAGGAGGCAAGAGUAAAAAGGUAAGGCUAAGAACCAGAGAGAAGAGCAAGUCAGCGGGGUUUUUGAGAUCCCGAAAUCACUCCCAGGUUGAUUACCAUGGGUGCUGAUCCUGUCUCUGUGAGCUAGAAUGAAAUUUCCAGUCCUCUACUCUCUAUCAUUUACUUCUUAAUGUAGUCUUACUACCUUCAAUCCAGUGCAACAUGUGAACAAAGAAGGAAGGAAAUAAGCAUUUAUUAAGCACCUCCUAUGCCCAGUCCUCUAGCUGCCUAAACACACAUUUAUUAAGCACCAAGUGAUACAGGGACAAUAUCUACCAACAAUCCUUAUGUUGUUAAGCUUUUUAGAAAUGAUUUGGAAAUGAAAAUAAUAGUGUUUGAUAAGUUAAUGGCCUGACCCCCUAAAAUUGCAUGCCAAGCAGCAUUAUUAUAAGAAUCCAUUUACUGUAUAAGCUAUGUCAUUGCUCUUUCUAAUUCUGUAGUGAAGGAGAAAAAUAUAAAAUUCUAGAUUUUCAUGUUAUUGGCUUUUUAUUGGGAGUAGUUGAUUUAUUUUUAGGUGGACUUUGAGGAAAAGCUUCUGCAAUCUUUUUUGGACACCUUGUAGCCUGAUAUAAUACCAGCUCAAUUUUCCAUCUUAUUUAGACAAAGUUAUUUGAGAAAUUACUGAACUAUGUCAUAAUAUGCUAUUUGUAAACUUUGUAAACUAUGGAAUAAUUUGCUAACUUGCAAUUCAAGCAGAUGAUUUCACUCACCCAACCAAAAUAACUUCUAUGUAUGUGGUUUGUUUUGUUUUAUUGUUGGGGCUGAGAGUCAGACUCUUCUUUUGAAGUCUCCAAGACCUCCUAGAAUAGAAGCAUCCAGACUGUUUGAUCAGUGGUCUUAUUGUUUUCUCUAAUAUCCUCUAUGUUACAUUGUUUUCUUGUUUGCUUUUUCAAGCAGAUUUAUUGUGAGUUUGACAGGACACGUGUACACAUUUCAUUCUUCAGCUAUCCAAUGCUUCAAAUCCAUUUUUUUCUGGUUGGCUCUUUUCUCUGAAAAUGGUGUCUAGAGUCUUAGUAAGAGAGACUCCCCUUUGGACCAGUUUUCAAUUCUAGUUGUAUUUUGCAUUUAUUUGCAAUAUUUCUUUGAGAAUAUAUAUUUAUAUUUGAAUGAGUUAUAGUAUUUAUGA